CUUUGUAGGUAAUAUUGAAUACUAUUGUUGGUUUUAAUAACAGCAAAUAAUUUGAAGUUCUGUACAUAGUUCCCUUAUUAAAUAUGGGAGCUGUAGCUUCUAACACUGCAUUAGUUUCCAGGAAGUCGAUGGGGCUUGAUGCAUAGAGGAAACGGUGGAACUGAAAGAAGAGGGAGGGAAACAAAAAGUCAAGUUACUUUGGAACUGACGAUUGUAGUUCAUAUUACUGCUGGCAGGUAAUGAGCCAGAGAUUGGGAAGCCUGCAAAAUGGACAGAAAAGAAGAAAAAGAAAUUGUUCCUAGCAAUGAAGCGUUUCAGUUCAGGAUGGCUCUCAACGACAACAAGGCUGGGAUGGAAGGCUUAGAUAAGGAAAAGAUCAAUAAGAUUAUAAUGGAUGCAACUAAGGGAUCACGAUUUUAUGACAAUGAACUAAAGAAAGAUCAGCAAGUAAACCAGCGUAUUGAGAAAAUGAUGCAACAGAAGGCUCUGCUUACCAGUCCGCAAAUAAAGAAAGCUCAGAUACAGGUGGAUAAACUAGCUAUGGAACUAGAAAGACGCCGUGAUCUGAGCCGUGUUAUCGUGCAUAUCGACAUGGAUGCAUUUUAUGCAGCAGUAGAAAUGCGAGACAAUCCAGAAUUGAAAGACAAACCAAUGGCAGUGGGUUCCAUGAGCAUGCUGUCUACAUCAAAUUACCUUGCCAGAAGAUAUGGUGUGCGUGCCGCCAUGCCUGGUUUUAUUGCCAAGAGACUGUGUCCAAACCUAACAAUUGUUUCAUCAAACUUUGACAAAUAUCGAGCUGUCAGUAAGGAGGUUCGAGAAAUCCUAGUAGACUAUGAUCCUAAUUUUUUACCUCUGAGUCUGGAUGAAGCUUAUCUGGAUAUCACUGAUCAUUUGGAGGAAAGGCUAAGCUGGCCAGAGGAAAAAAGAAGAUAUUUUCUUAGAAAACCUGAAUCUGAGGAAGGGUGUGAUGCAGGGACUGAAGAACCUACAGCACAAACUGAGGAAGUGCAAUGUGUGUCUCCAGUGCUUUUUGAAGACAGUCCUGGUUUAUUGUUUGACCAAAACGUUGUCAUUUCUGAGCAAAGCAAAAAUGAACAGAAUGGAAAGCAGCUGACAGAAACAAUGCUUGUUUUUGGAACAUCUGCAGAGGAAGCAGUGAGAGAAAUGAGAUUUAGAGUUGAACAGAAAACCAAACUAACUGCAAGUGCAGGCAUUGCUCCAAACAUGUUAUUGGCCAAAGUUUGCAGUGAUAAAAAUAAGCCUAAUGGACAGUACAGAAUUCCACACGACAGACAGGCUGUAAUGGAUUUUGUCAAGGACUUACCCAUUAGAAAGGUCCCUGGCAUUGGAAAAGUAACAGAAAAAAUGUUAAAAGCCCUGGGAAUUGUAACUUGCACUGACCUUUACCAGCAGAGGGCUCUGCUAUCACUGCUGUUCUCUGAAAUAUCUUGGCACAACUUCAUAAACAUCUCUCUGGGAAUUGGUUCAACACAUAUAGAAAAAGAUGGAGAAAGGAAAAGCAUUAGCACAGAAAGGACAUUUAGUGAGAUAAGUGCAGCAGAUGAACAGUACAGUUUGUGUCAAGAACUAUGCAGAGAUCUAGCCCAGGAUAUAAAGAGAGAAGGGCUCAAGGGUAAAACUGUCACAUUAAAGCUAAAAAAUGUUCAUUUUGAAGUAAAGACUAGAGCUUCAACUGUAAUGUCUGCAGUUUCCACUGAAGAGGAAAUAUACGCUGUUGCUAGAGAAAUUCUCAGCUCAGAGAUGGAUUUGGCAUCACCAGAACCUUUGAGACUGCGGCUUAUGGGUGUACGGGUGUCUGGAUUUCUUAGCGAAGAGGAGAAAAAGCAUCAACAGAAAAGCAUUGUGAACUUCCUACAGGCUGGUAUCUCUCCUAAACCUGAGUCUUCUGCAAUGUUAGAGCAAGCUACCCAGAACACACAGGCCCCAACUCCUCACAGAACAAGUUUCUUUGAUCAGAAACGGGUAGCCAGACAACAAAAAGCACAAGAGCCUCUUACAAACGUACACAGAUCCAAAAACACAGCUAUAAAUAUUGUAUCAACCUUGCCUAGUGAGGAAAAGAAGGAAAUAUCUGUGCUAGAACAACCAAGUCAGAGACCAGGACUUACAUGUCCAAUUUGCUUUCAGGAAAAAAGUGGUUGGGGCCUUGAAGAAUUUAAUAAACAUAUUGAUGAUUGUUUAAGUAAAACUCCUGUUUCAAAUUCCACUAAAAUAAGUAAUGUUGAAGAAACUAUAAUGAGAAAUAACAGCGGCUUGUUCUGUAUUAAAGAAGAGAGAAAUCUUGAUGUUUGUAAAAACAAUAUAAUGAAUAAGCUGGCAGACACAAGGGGUUGUAAUACAUUAGAAGACUGUAUUAUUGAAAAUGAGGAAGUUAUAGAUAAUCCCCAUCAUGUGGAAAGCAAUAUAAAUGAGUAUAAACAAACACCGGUUAAUCACAGGAGUAUCACCUUGAAUGAAGCUGAUAUGAGAAACGCAUAUGAACAUGAACUGUUCUCCAAACAGUGCUGUGAUGUAGCAAAUCAGCCGUAUUCACCUGCGGUACUGGAAGAGCCUAUAUUUAUAUGUCCAGUCUGUAAUGUAAAGCAAGAUACGAGAGACCUUCUAGUGUUUAACAGGCAUGUAGAUAUUUGUCUAAAUGAAGGAACUAUCCGAGAACUUAAAGAUGAAACAGCUGCUUCAAAAAAGAAGAAUGAGAUACAAGGAAAUCCCCAAAAUAAUGCAGGGAGCUCCGGGAAAAGUAAAAGUGCAAAUACAUCAGGACGUACAAAAAGAUCUGGGGCAGCGAGCCAGAAUCCAGUAUCAAAGAAAGCAAAAACAAGCAGCUCUACAAACACAAUUGACAGAUUUUUUAAAUAGCCAUUUAAAUGGCUUUUAUUAAUAAAUGCUAUUGUAGAAUGCUGAGAAAAAUAUCUCGGGUAUAGUAACAAAAAUAAAUAAAAUAAAACAAAACAAAUAUUUAAUUGAUAUGUUUUACUGCAUAACUUGUAACCUUUGCCUACUUUUAAUCGAAAAUGGGGCAUAUACCUUAUGUGUAGAGUGGGCUUUGUGCCUUGAUUAUUUAAAAUUUUUUAUAUAUUUUUAAAUUUGUAAAAAUGUUUUAUUUUAAUGAAGGUGCUAUGUGUACCAAAGACGUGUGUGUGCAGCCUAUAUCUUUAGAACUUUAAAUGCUAAACUGGCAAAUUAAAUUGGUGGCUGCAUUUCACUGUACCCUGUAGCUGAUGGAAUGCUUUUUUUGUCAUUUUGUUCAGCUUGGUACAUUAGAAGUGAAAUUGGUAAUUUUAUUGAACUGUGAAGAAUGUGCAAUUUGAUUAUUUAAUCUCCAGAAAGGGACAUUGUUUUGUGUAUGUGUCAUAUUUAUAAUAUAUUUAAGCCUUUAAUUUAAAUUAUUUGUAUUAAAAAUUGCACUCUCAAGCAAAAUGCGUAAUACAUCCUGUGACUGAAACGACUUUGUUGUGACAAAGCAGAACUUAGCAUAUUUGGCUUCUAUAAAAACUGCAUAUGUGUAACAACGUUUGAAUUAGGUACAAUGAUUUUAGUUAAUGAAAACAAAAAGGUAAAAUAAUAUGGUACAUGAAGAAAUAAAAAUUAUAAUUUAUUACUGCUGUUUUUAUUUAAAAAAGGGCAAUAAAAUACUUCCAAACAAA